UAUUGCUGUCUUGAAUUCUGACAUAGCGGCAAGAAGGGUUACCCGUGUGGCGAUAUGGAGGGUCACGACAACAAGGAGCCUGAGCAGCUCAGGAAGCUAUUCAUCGGAGGCCUCAGUUUUGAAACGACAGAAGACAGCCUGAGAGCAUAUUUUGAGCAAUGGGGGAAGCUUACAGAUUGUGUGGUCAUGCGAGACCCAGCCAACAAGCGCUCCAGAGGGUUUGGGUUUGUCACAUACUCCUGUGUUUCAGAGGUGGAUGCUGCGAUGGGGGCACGACCUCACAAGGUGGACGGGCGUGUGGUGGAACCCAAAAGAGCUGUGUCCAGAGAGGACUCUUCAAAACCAGGAGCUCAUCUCACUGUAAAAAAGAUUUUUGUUGGUGGGAUCAAAGAAGACACAGAAGAGUAUCACUUAAGGGAAUACUUUGAGCGCUAUGGGAAGAUUGAGAGCAUAGAUGUCAUGGAAGACCGUCCAACUGGCAAGAAGAGAGGAUUUUGUUUUGUUACUUUCGAUGACCAUGACACUGUGGAUAAAAUUGUCGCGCAGAAAUAUCACACAAUAAACAGCCACAACUGUGAGGUCAGGAAAGCACUGCCCAAACAGGAAAUGCAAGCAGCCAAUAACCAAAGGAACAGAGUUGGUGGAGGUGGUAACUUCAUGGGCCGUGGUGGUAACUUUGGAGGGGGUAACUUUGGCCGAGGAGGUUACGGUGGUGGUGGUGGUGGUGGCGGCGGCCGUGGAGGCUAUGGAGGUGAUGGCUACAAUGGGUUUGGAGGAGACGGUCCAAACUAUGGUGGUGGCGGCGACUAUGGAGGGGGUCGGGGGGGUUAUGGUGGCAGUCCAGGCUAUGGCAACCAUGGAGGAGGAUUUGGAGGAUAUGAUAACUACAAUGAUGGAGGAAACUUUGGAGGGAACUUUGGUGGUGGUGGAGGAGGUGGAAAUUACAAUGACUUUGGGAAUUAUGGCGGCCAGCAGUCCAACUAUGGACCCAUGAAGGGAAACAACUUUGGUGGAAGAAAUUCGGGUGGACCCUACACUGGUGGCUAUGGCUCAGGUGCUGGUGGCGGUGGUGGCUAUGGCUCUCGGCGAUAUUAACUUGAACUAAUCAGUGGCUUCAGUUCUUAGCAGGGGAGGAGAUGAGCAAAGGAGUUGUCAGGAAAGCUGCAGGUUACAUUGAGACAGUCGUCUGAGAGCAGUAGAAGGACACUGGAGGAGCCAGGAUCCAUAGUCAGAAAAGGAAAAAAAAAAAAGUUACUGCAGCGUUAAUUGGAGACUCCUUUUUGGCAAGACCCUUACACCCUAGCUACAGUGCAAGAGUAGCUAGUGACAACAGAAACAGUGUCAACAUUCCUUUCAUCAUCUUUGAUGCUAGAUUCCCCCACCCAAGGAAUGAAUAUAUCUUUUUUUCCCUUUGUGCACCUGAUUAAAUCCCGUGUGAUUUGUGCUAGUGGUUUAAGGAAUUGAAACAAGAAAAAAAUACAAAACUGUUUUGAGUAAAUGUGCCGUCAGCUUUUGAAAUAGUGUUGAAAUUGUUUCCUGUAGACAAAACCAUUCUGUGGCCUUUCCUCUGUUAUUUAAAAUGACUGAUGAAGAAAAGGCUAGGGAGUGUCAGUUUUAACUUUAUUUUAUAUUGUUUUAAAGACUUUGUGUUGAGUUUUAACCACUGGUGAUUUUGCUUGUCAGUGUCAAGUGUGUUUUUGUAUUAUAAGUGUAUGUUGUCUAUCCCUGGUUGUAUGAAGAGAUAGUGUAUGCAGUUUAGACACCCACAAACUGGAGGGCAUGUGUUUUUACACAACUUGUACAAACAGAAUUCUAGAUUGUUAACAUAUUUUGGAAAGUGGAACACCAGAUGAAUAAAGUUGUGUAGUAAAUUCUA